AUGAACUGUAAUAAAGUAUUGGAAUCAGUAAGAAAAAUUUUAAAUUUUUCAAUCAAACGUAAUGGGCAUGAUAAAAUUUUGGAAAAGGUGAAUUUAAUAUCAGCUGGAAAUGGGCAAUGUGUUGCUGAGAUGGUUGUUGAAAAGCAACAUACCAAUGGAUAUGGUACACUCCAUGGAGGGUUUACAGCUGCCGCCGUAGAUGUUUUGUCUAGUAUGGCUGUAUUGACUCAUCCAAGAGUUGUUGAGGACAUUGAUUCGGCGCCUAACAGUGGUGUUUCUGUUAAUAUUAAUGUUUCGUAUUUGAAUUCAGCAAAAAUUGGUGACAAAAUAGUUAUUAAUUCUGAAACUGUUAAACUUGGAAGAAAUUUAGCAUUUCUAAAAGUGACAUUAUUCAGGAAAGAUGAUAAUGUUAUCGUAGCUCAAGGUUCACACACUAAGUUUGUGGGAUGA